UUCGUAGCUCUCUGGUCAGUUGUCCGAGAAAUAGCGUGCCGAGCAGUCGCAAAAACGCGCACGAGUUUUUUCAAAAAAAGAUUUAAGUGAUUCGUAAAAAAAGCAGAAGCAUAAAAAACAACAGAAUACUUGAGAUACAGAUAAAAAGAUACAUCUCAAAGAGCCGCCAAACGGAACAAAAAAUUCAAUUUAGCUCUUCAAAUUCCUCUUAAUUACAUUUUUAAUUAAUUGCAAGCUGAAAAAUGAGUGACCUAGAACAUGUAACGUUGCAAAUGGAUAAAAUGCCAUUGGAUGAUAAUAAAAAAGAAAACAUCAGCAAUCACAUCAAUGGAGAUGCUAUCGAUGGGAGGAAUCACAAUAAUCUCCGAGUUCCCCGAGCAGUUCCUGAAUUGGACGACGAUGACACUGAUGAUCGUCCCUUUGUUAAAGAUGGGAGUGUCAAUUCCGGAGUGGAUGAUGGCCUCCUGGAAGGUGGAGGCGGUGGUGGAGUCAAUGUCUUUGUGCCCAACGGCGGCAAUGGCAGGCGACCCAGUUUCUCUGUUCCGGGAAUCAAUGGACCCGGCUUCGUGACCAUCAACGGAGUUCAGACGCCCAUACCCGAUGUGAAUGCAUAUCAGCACAAAAAAACCCUGGCUCAGGGCAUGAUGGACUUGGCCCUCCUCUCGGCGAAUGCAAAUCAGCUAAGAUAUGUGCUGGAAACCAACAAGAAUCAUCCAUACUUUUAUCCCAGUCUGCUGUUCAUCUCUACUAGCAUUAUAUUUCAGAUCGCUGUUGGCGUGGGCCUUAUUUUAAAUGGUCGGUAUAACAUCACCGACAAGCAUGAGAUCUGCCGGGCAAACCGAAUAAACAAUUACACGGUCAUUGGCAUUUUCAUCGUGACAGUCGUCAAUGUUCUAAUUUCGGCAUUUGGUGUGGCGGAUCCUGUAGCACCUACAUAGAUUGAAACUUCUAGAAAAUAAUAAUUAGCGAGAUAAGCACAUUCAUUUCAUUAGUUUAAUGCUCCAGGCCAGUUUUUAUCUUGAGAUUCACCAAAUGACACAUUUUCAUACCACAAAAAGUAAAUUGUGAUAAAUAAAA